GGUGGUGUGUGCUUUAACCUGACCCGAAUGGAUCGUAUCACAGCGCUCAGCACUGAGGACUUCACUGUGGCCGUGGAGCCGGGGGUGACCCGCAAAGCGCUCAACAGUUACCUGCGGGACACUGGCCUCUGGUUCCCUGUCGACCCUGGCGCUGACGCCUCCCUGUGCGGCAUGGUGGCCACCAGUGCCUCAGGCACCAAUGCCGUGCGCUACGGCACCAUGCGCCACAACGUGAUCAACCUGCAGGUGGUGCUGGCCGAUGGCAGGGUGCUGCACACGGCCGGCCGGGGCCGCCACUUCAGGAAGAGCGCUGCCGGCUACAACUUGACAGGGCUGUUUGUGGGCUCCGAGGGGACGCUUGGCCUCAUCACCCAGGCCACACUGCGUCUCCAUGGCAGCCCUGAGGCCACGGUGGCGGCCGUGUGCGCCUUCCCCAGCGUGCAUGCGGCGGUGGGCUGCACUGUGCAGGUGCUGCAGGCCGGCAUCCCCGUGGCCCGGAUCGAGUUCCUGGACGAUGUCAUGAUGGCCGCCUGUAAUCGGUUCAGCGGCCUGAGCUACACCGUGUCCCCCACACUCUUCCUGGAGUUCCACGGCUCGCCCGGCAGCCUGGAGGAGCAGGUCCGGCAGGCAGAGGAGAUCGUGCAGCUGAACGGUGGCUCGGACUUUGCCUGGGCCCGGGAGCUGGAGGCAAGGAACAAGCUGUGGGCCGCUCGGCACAACGCCUGGUACGCGGCCUUGGCCCUGCGCCCUGGGAGCAAGGGCUACUCCACAGACGUGUGCGUCCCCAUCUCCCGGCUGCCCCACAUCGUGGGAGAGACCCACAGAGACCUGCAGGAGUCAGGGCUCACAGGCCUGAUAGUCGGGCACGUGGGCGAUGGGAACUUUCACUGCCUCCUGGUGUUUGACCCGGCCGACCUGACCGAGAUCCAGCGCGUCAAGGAGUUUGCAACCCGACUGGCCAGACAGGCCCUGGCCCUGGACGGAACCUGUACAGGCGAGCAUGGCAUCGGGCUGGGCAAGCGCCAUCUGCUGCGGGAGGAGAUCGGGGAGCUGGGACUUACCAUCAUGAGGCAGAUCAAGGCCACGCUGGACCCCAAGAACCUCAUGAACCCUGGGAAGGUGCUGUGAGCGGCAUCUCCCACCCCUGCCCAGCCAGCCCAGAGCACCCAGCGCUGGCCAGGCAGGUUCCCUCCCAGGCCUGCAGCUGUCACUCCCCUUCCCCAUGCAGACAGCGACUCGGAGCAGGAGCAGGGGGGAGCCCCCAAGUCUCGGCCCUUGAGCCCAGUGGAUUGUUUGUGCCAUGGGAAGGAAGGACUAGAAGCACUAGAAGGCAGCAGGCUUAAUGUCAGCAAACCCUUCCUUUCCUCUCCCCCCCCCCCCCCCACUGCUCCUGGCCCUGGGCUCCAACCCAAAUCUGCUACUGCCCCCCUUCACCUCUCCCAGCCCGGGGCUUCCCCUUCACCUCUCCCAGCCCUGGGCUCCCCCUUCACUUCUGCCUCAGCCCCCCCACCCCCGCCUCUCUCCACCCUAGGACUCCCCAGCUCCCCCCACCACCUCUCCCAGCCCUGCGACUCCCCCUAGCUCUGCUAUUGCCCCCCCUUCACCUCUUCCAGCCCCAUGCUCCCCACCCUCAGCUCUCCCUGGGUCCCCCUGCCUCUCCCAGCCCUAGGACCCCCACCCCGGCUUUGCCUUGUGGCCUUGUGACAAUGUGGGGAAUUUUCUUAGGAGUUUGUAUGAAUACUGUGUGGGCCUUAGUUUCCCUUGCAUGCUGCUGUUUAACCAGGGGGUGGGCGAGGGGGUUUGGUGUUGCAGAGGCCCAAGUGUGUCCCCGCCUAGCAGCCUGGCCUGGACACUGUGUAACUUGGCCACUGAUGACCAGACAGCCCUGCCCAACUUGGAACCCACUGGGUCCAGCCAGUGGGAGAGCAAAGGACUGGAGAGGGCCGAGGGGAUGUGUGUCUCUCAAACGAAGACAAAGGACGGACUCGGCCAGACCCAGUUGGACUGUGCGGUAACUUCCUACUCUGUGUUCCCCACUUCCAAUAACCUGCUGCUUUACACGUUGGCUGAGUCAGUGCAGGCUAAACAGGCGGGGACUGCAUUGCCUGCAUUGCUCCCUCGGGGUGGGCAGGCUCAGGGGACGCUGACGGGAGCUCACGGGGUGAGGCCAUGGGCUGGCGGUGGAGGCAAAGGGCUCACCCCAGGAAGACAGCGUGACCCUACCGAGGGUAACACUGCAAAGGGGCCUUCCCAGGAUGAAUAGAGGAGUGGGAGAGCACUGGGGCUGUGCUUGUGUGACACCCCUCAACCCCAGCCUUGGGCUAGCCCCCUCCCCCCAUUCUGCCAGCACCUCUCCCAUGAGAGGAAAACGCACCCUGCACAGCAGAGCCGUGGCUCUGACUAAUGGAAAUCCAGCCCCCACCCAAAGCCAGGUGUAAAGCUUGCUGUGGGUGGAGUGACCCCCUGCCCAGGGGCAGGGGCUGUGUGUGGGGGAGGGUAUUCCCCUCAAUCAUCAGUCAAUAAACUCACCUUCUGCAAAGCAGGUCCCCAAACCCGGCCGUGCCCAGGGCCCACCUGAAUGGCACCUGGAGCCCAGCAUGGCUUUAUGCCCUUCUAUGGCUUCGGGCGUCCAGCCUAGGUGCUGAGAGCCUGGCCCAGCGUGGCAGCCACUGUGCCAGCUUUCCAUAGCAGGGGCUGUAACACCUCCGCCCUGCCCACCCCAGCUCCCCCCAGUGCAAAGCUCCAGCCAGGCAAGGGCAGGGCAUGCUGGGCAGGCAGAGGGCUGGGGGGGGGCAUGUGUGCCAUGCUGUUCAUGGGGCCUGCUGGGCAUGGAAAUUGACCCCUCUCCAGUCUAUAGGGGCCUGGAUGGCUCCCCACUGCCCCUGCAGCCUGGCUGCCCCAGGGCUCUGCUCAGAGCACAGCCUAGGGGCAAGCCCCGUGUUCAGCCUGCGGCUUGUAGCAAAUGUGGGAAUUGUUUGGAAUACAGCUUUAAAGCCAA